CACCUCGGUUCUCUGGUCGCUCGCGGCUUCGUUUCUUUCCAUAUGCUACCACUAGAAAACAGGAGGGAGAGAGAGAGAGGUAAAGAGACGCAUUUGUCCUCUUCCUCUCCUUCUCCUCUCGGAUCGAUCUCCAUUUCUUAGGGUUUUUUUUCUUUUUUCUUGCUUGAGAUUUUCUACAUUUUGAUCCCUCUCGCUGGUACUGUGGUGAUCUCUGGCGGGAGGAAUGGGGGAGGUGAGGAGGAGUCCGAAGACGAAGAUCGUGUGCACGCUGGGGCCGGCGUCGAGGUCGGUGCCGAUGGUCGAGAAGCUUUUGAGGGCGGGGAUGAACGUGGCUCGGUUCAACUUCUCGCAUGGAUCCCACGCCUACCAUCAGGAAACCCUUGAUAACCUCCGGGCGGCGAUGGAAAACACCGGCAUACUCUGCGCCGUCAUGCUCGAUACCAAGGGUCCAGAGAUCCGAACUGGAUUUUUAAAAGAUGGCAAGCCAAUCCAUCUUCAAAAGGGUCAAGAGAUCACUGUCUCCACAGACUACAGCAUAAAGGGUGAUCAGAACAUGAUAUCCAUGAGCUACAAAAAGUUAGCAGAGGAUUUGAAGCCAGAUAGUGUCAUACUCUGUUCUGAUGGGACAAUCACACUUACAGUGCUUUCUUGUGAUGAGGAAGCAGGCUUGGUUUGCUGUCGAUGUGAGAAUUCAGCUGUUCUUGGUGAAAGGAAAAAUGUCAAUCUUCCAGGAGUCAUUGUGGAUCUUCCUACGCUAACCGAGAAGGAUAAGGAAGAUAUCAUACAAUGGGGCAUCCCUAAUAAGAUUGACAUGAUCGCUUUAUCCUUUGUACGCAAAGGUUCAGACCUCGUGGAGGUCAGAAGGCUGCUUGGAGAGCAUGCAAAAUCAAUUAUGCUGAUGGCGAAGGUUGAGAAUCAAGAAGGGGUAGCAAAUUUUGAUGAUAUACUUGCAAAUUCAGAUGCUUUCAUGGUGGCACGAGGAGAUUUGGGGAUGGAAAUUCCAAUUGAGAAAAUCUUCUAUGCUCAAAAGGUGAUGAUUUUCAAGUGCAACAUGCAAGGGAAGCCCGUUGUGACAGCAACCCAGAUGCUCGAAUCCAUGAUCAAGUCUCCCCGCCCUACCCGAGCAGAAGCUACUGAUGUGGCUAAUGCAGUUCUGGAUGGCACCGACUGCGUGAUGCUCAGUGGAGAGACUGCUGCUGGGGCUUACCCGGAGUUAGCAGUUCAGACUAUGGCCAAGAUUUGCUUGGAAGCAGAAUCAUACUUGGAUCAUGGGUCUGUUUUCAAAGGUAUCAUGGCAGCAGCACCAGUACCUAUGAGCCCAUUAGAAAGCCUUGCAUCCUCGGCGGUCCGAACAGCCAACUCUGCUAAAGCAUCACUAAUCCUGGUCCUGACCAGGGGAGGAAGCACAGCCAAGCUGGUUGCCAAGUACAGGCCUGCGAUGCCGAUAUUAUCAGUUGUUGUUCCUGAGUUGAAGACAGAUUCUUUUGAUUGGUCCUGCAGUGAUGAGGCUCCUGCCAGGCACAGCCUGAUCUUUAGAGGAUUGAUUCCAAUAUUGAGUGCUGCAACUGCAAAGGCCUCCGACACAGAAUCCACCGAAGAAGCAUUGGAAUUUGCCAUUCAGCAUGCAAAGAAUAUGAGUCUCUGCAAAGCAGGAGAAUCUGUUGUGGCACUGCAUCGGAUUGGUGUUGCAUCCGUGAUUAAGAUCUUGACAGUUAAGGAGUAAAUGAUAACCGAGAGUAAAUGAUAACCGAGAAGAAACUUUUGCAGGGACAAUUUUGCUCGAGGGUUCAUGUUUCCUGUUUUCUCUUCCCCCGUGUUAUACCAUGGAGAUCACAGUUGUGAAGGUGAUAUGAACCUAUGAGGAUUUUGGUGGUGGAGAGGUUCUAUGCUGAGAAUGUUAUUUUCGGUUUUUUGGUUGCCUAUAAAUUUGCAAUUUAUAUAUUUGCAGGACAAUUAUUGAGUGGGUUAAGGCAUGAUAUAAACUGAAUUUUCUUCACCUAAA